UCUCACGGUCUGCUAUGAUCCCUUUAACUCCAUAAUCUUAAUUUGUUUAAUUAAUCUGCUUUAUUUCUAGUUUACUGCAAUAUACAAUAUUUGUUUAUAACAAAUAUUUAUGAACGUCAUUCUAUUUUAUUUUAGCAUUUCACUCAUUUAGAAAGGGAAAAACUGUGAUAUUAUUAUCAUUAUUUUUAUUUUCUGAGAGCAUUAUUCUUCUUAUUAUUAUAGAUUAACGUCUCUAUGUAUGGAAUAUUUUAGCUGUGUAGAUAUGGAGAAGUCGGCAACAUUUGAUUCAUGUAUUUACCUUUUAUUUAGCAUUGUUUAUUUAUAAAAAAAAAAAAAUUAAAUGAUUUUUUUUAAAUCAUGUAAAAAUAAUGAUAAUCAUUUCUAUCCAUAUAGUUAAAUUCGAGUUAAUUAAAUUACUAUUAAAUAUUUAAUUUGAAUAUUGUUUAGAGGGAUGAUAUAGAUAUUUAAUUAUAUGAAUUUUUUCAUUUUUUGGAUUAUUAUGUCAACAAUUCUGCAAACUAGGUAUUCUCAGAGAUGGAAAGCACAAGAGAUGCUUCAAAUGAAAUUGAGGAUAAAAGCAAAGAGCUGAUAAUAAUCCACAACAUUCCACAAGUUUUGGACACGUUAAUAUCAGAGCCUGCAUUAUGGCCUGAGCUUUGUAUCUACAGGGUUCCAAGAAAACUUCGAGCAAUAAAUCCAGCACCAUACACACCUCAGUUGAUUUCAAUAGGGCCUUUUCACUGCGAGGACAAAGCUUUAAUGCCUAUGGAGAAGCAGAAGCUGCGAUACUUGGCAGAGUUCUCCAAAAGGACUGGGAUUCCUUGGACUGAGCUUGCCAAAAAAAUUAAAGAGUGGGAGAUAACAAUCCGCCAUUGUUAUGAAGAAACAUUUGAUAAGGUAUCUAGUGUCGAGUUCAUAAAGAUGAUUCUCCUGGAUUCUGUGUUCAUCAUCGAGCUCUUCUUGAGGAGAGGAGAAAAAUAUGGAUUAAUUAGAAAACAAAGGCAUGGAAAUUUUAAAGAUGAUUUUAUACUUGGAAAAUCAACAAGGGAAUAUUGUUUACUUGGGGAUUUGAUAUUGGUUGAAAAUCAGCUGCCUUACUUUGUUCUUGAUGAUUUAUAUGAAUUCUCCAUCGGCAAUGAUAAUGAAGAAGGCUAUCCUUCUUUCUUUAACCUCAUGAAAUUUAACUUACACGACUACUUAUCUCCUCCAGAAAUUCAAGAAAAUGAAAAUUCUCCCUGCGAUUGCUUCUCUUGCUUGUAUUGUUUCUGGAUUAGUAGAUGCUUCUCCUGUCAAAAGCACGACUGUCAAAGCCCAGAUGAUGAAGAAGAAGACGACCGCCUUCUGGAGAAACCCCUACAUUUCACUGAUUUGGUUCGGAAACAUCGAUCAUUCAAGCAUCCAAAGUCGAAGAAUGACGGGUCCGUGAUGAAGCUAUACAACGCCACAAUGCUACACGAGGCAGGAGUGAAGUUUAAGGCGAGUCCAGAGGCAUGGCCACUCGAUAUAAAAUUUGAGAGGGGAGAGUUGAAGAUUCCAAGAUUCUUAGCGGACGAUAACACGGAGCGUGUUAUUCGAAACCUGAUGGCUUUCGAGCAAUGUCAUUAUCCAGACCAGCCAUUGAUAUGCGAUUACAUUUGGGUACUUGAUUUUCUCAUCAACACGGCGAAAGACGUGGACUUGUUAGUUCGCAAGGGGAUCAUUGUGAACUUGCUUGGAGACAGCGAAGCAGUAGCCAAAUUGGUGAAUAAUCUGGGACUAGAAAUUACAGCAUCUGGGUCUUGUUUUUACGAUCUGAGUGAGCAGCUGAAUAAGCACUACGAGAAUCCAUGGUGCCGUACGGUGGCGAUCAUGAGAAGCGCGUAUUUCAGCAACCUGUGGAGAGGAACUGGAACAAUUGCUGCUAUUGUACUCCUGUUCUUCACCUUCACACAGUCUCUGUAUUCCAUCUCCCAGAUAUUCUAG